AUGGGAGUUUUGAAAGACAUCGAACUCUACCUCACCUCUGCGGAUCGAUUGAACGAUGAUGGAGUCCCCUCUGCCUCGAUAGCACUUCUCGAAGACCCUUUCGGCCCCAUUCAAUCGCAUGUGAUCACGAAUGGCUACGAGGAUCCGAAUACGCUCUACCAAGCAUGCAGUAUCUCCAAGGCCAUUACAGCGUUGGCGGUAGCGAAGCUGAUCGAUCAAGGCCGUUUGAGCUAUGAGACCAAGGUGGUGGAUUAUGUCGACGAGGCGGUUCUGGAGGGGAUUCUGGAUCCGCGGACGGCGCAUUUGAUGGAGUUGGUUACGGUGGAAUUAUUGGUUUCGCAUAGAUCUGGACUCUCGCAGCAUGGGUUCGCUGGACAUACGGAUGAGGAAGAGAUGCCGACGUAUCAGCAAGUCUUCGCUGGACGACCGCCGGCGAAUAGUCCGAGGAUGAAGUUCUUGAGUUUUCCGGGGAGUCAGUGUAGGUACUCUGGAGGGGGGUUUACGUUGCUACAACUUCUUCUCGAGAAAGUGACGAACACCCCUUUCCCCGACCUCAUGCGUACCGUAGUCCUCGAACCCCUAGGCAUGACACGAAGUCUCUUCGGCGACCUGGCCCCGGGAGAGGAGAACUACGCCAAACCACACACCACAGCCUACAUGCCCAGCCCACGAGGCCACCACCGCUUCACCGAACUCGCCGCCGCCGGCCUCUGGACAACCCCAACAGACCUCCUCAAAGCCAUGGCCGCAAUCCAACACUCCCUCCACAGCACCGACACCUCCCCCACCACCUUCCUCUCCCGCCAACUCGCCGACCACAUGCUCGCCCGCGUAACGCCCAACGACCCGGACACCGCCAUGUCCUACGGCUGGUCCGUCGACGACACCUUCUUCGCACACGCCGGCUACAACGACCCGGGCUACAGCAGCUACCUCCUCGGCGCGCACGGCUACGCCGCGCCGCUCCCCCUCGGCGGCCUCCUGAAAUCCCCCGGCCGCAUGUCCCUCGCCAUCAUGACCAACUCCGCCCUCGGCACCGAGACCUACCAGCGCCUCGUCGCCGCCGUCAUGUGUCUCAAAGCCUUCCCCUUGUACCCCUCCCUGCCGGACUUUGGCAGGAAAAUGUCCUCGUUGAUUCCGUACCCUGGUCCGGAGGGGGUGUUUAUGGGAGAUCUCUACAAAGCCUUCCUGGGCCAUUGGACGGAUUCCGCACACCUCCCUUCCUCACCCAACAAACGCGCCACGCCAGGCGCCAGCCCUGCAGCAGCGAGUAGCUAUGCCAUGGAUGCGGAGUGGGAGAUUUUCUCUGAUAAUGGGAUUCCGUAUAUUGCGUUCGAUGGGGUCGUCAAGCCGCAGAGGUUGAUUGGGGGUGCGAUGCCUUGGGCGCCGGCGACGGGGGCGCCGCAUGAGAUUUGUUUGGUUUUGGAGGGGUUGGAGAUGGCGGUCAGGUUGUUGUAUAGGGAGGAUGGGGAGAGGGUUGUGGAGUUGGUGCAGGAGGAGGUUACUGUGCUGAAGAGGGUGAGGGGUGGGGAGGACGGGGUGGAAGGAGGAUAG